GAAGCGGCCGCAGCCAACCAGGGCCCGAGCGGAUCCGAAGGGAUCCGACGGGAUCCGAAAGGAGCCGAAGGGAUCCGGAGGGAGCCGAGCGGGGCCGAGCGCAGCCGAGCCGGGCUGAGGCGCGGGUGCUGAGGAGACGCCCCAGCGAUGCUCUGCCCGCUGCUCGCCCUGGCGCUCAGCCUGGCAGGUGCCAUGGAGAUCCAGGUCCCGGAGGAGCCCGUGGUGGCCCUUUUUGGCCGAGACACCACCUUGCGCUGCUCCUUCUCCCCCGAGGCCAAUUUCAGCCUGGACGACCUCAGCCUCAUCUGGCAGCUGACGGACACCAAGCGCUUGGUGCACAGCUUCUCUGGCGGCAGGGACCAGCUGGCCGACCAGGGCGGGGGCUACGCCAACCGCACGGCCCUCUUCUACGACCAGCUGGCCCAGGGCAACGUCUCGCUGCUCCUCCGGCGUGUGGAGAUCGCGGAUGAGGGCAGCUUCACCUGCUUCGUCCGCGUCCGCGACUACAGCAGCGCCGCCGUGACGCUGCAGGUGGCAGCUCCCUACUCCAAGCCCAAUUUGAACCUGGAGCCCAACAAAGACUUGAAGCCUGGGGACCUGGCGGCUGUGACUUGCCACGCAUCCCGCGGCUACCCCGAGGCCAGCGUCCUCUGGCAGGACAGCCAGGGCACCAACAUCACAGAGAACAUCACCACGUCCCAGGUGGCCAACGAGGAAGGUCUCUUUGACGUGCACAGCGUCCUCCAGGUGCUGGUGGAGCCCAGCAGCACCUACUCCUGCCUGGUGCGAAACCCGGUGCUGCAGCAGGAGACCCAUGCCUCCGUCACCAUCACGGGCCAACACCUCGCCUUCCCCGCCGUGGCUCUCUGGGUGACGGUGGGACUCGCCAUCUGUGUAGUGGUGCUGCUCGUCGUCCUGGCUUACAUCUGCCAGAAGAAAAUCCGUGAGAGCUGCGAGGAAGAGGAGGAAAAUGCAGGGACAGAGGAGCAGGAUGAGGAUGGGGAAGAACCCAAGACAGCUCUGCAGCCGCUGAAGAGCACAGAAGACAAAGCAGAAAACGAGCAAGAAAUUGAUUGACGCGAGCUGGGACAGCUCCAGGCAACACCGUGUGCCCUGCACCACCCUGCGGUGACAAACCCAGGACACCUCGGAGGGACAGGGACACCCCAACCCUCUGCCACCGCCGCUCCGGGUGCCAUCCCCCUCUUCCCGCGCCGGCCGCGUUUUUGGGGCGCCCUGGGGCUGGAGAGAGGCUGCGCCUCCCUUUACCCCCAGUGAGCCCCCAAAGCCACCUCCCGAGGGACCUGGCACAUCGUGUCCUGCGUGGGGUCGUUGGGUGUCUGUCUGUCCGUUCUCAUCCCCAGGGAGCGCCGGGCUGAGCCCCCAGGGUGAGCAUCAUUCCAGAGGCACAUUAGGACAAUUAUUUUGUUUUUUUUUUUUUUUCACCUUGCACCACUGCAGUUCCAACCGGACUUUUAUUCUUGCCUUAAAUGCAUGGUUAUCCCAUGCUUCAAAUUAACACAGAGGAUUUUUCAGGGGGGUGAAUCUUCUCCCUGUCCCGACCCUGCAGCCGGAGGCAGGGCUCAGGGAAUAACUAGGGCUGUGCUGCGUGAUGCCUUUUUUUUAUUUUGGAGCGGUUGGAAGGCGGUGGGUGGCAGAGGCAGGGGGUUUUAGCAAGGGGCAAGGUGUUAAUGCCACCCACAGAACCUAGGUUCAGCCCAGGAAUGCUGGAAAAAACACCCCAAUACCGUUUUUAAGGGAAAAAAAAACACACCAAAAUCUAGUUUUUAAGAGAAGUUUGUGCAUCCAUGGGGUAUGUGACAGGUGCUCAUCCCCAGCUGGACCAAUGUGCCUAUUGCCUAAUUAAAUAUUAAACAAUAACUCGGGAGCACGCGGGGGGUGCACUAAAGCCCUGCAAAGCGCCUUAGCAUCCUUGGUGCCCCAAGUGUUUGUGCUGGAAAUAAUGCUUGUUUAACUCAAUUUGGGUAAAACCGCCCGCUCGGAUGGCUGCAGGAAGAGGCACCCCAAUGCCAAGCGUGGCUGACGCCGGGGAACGAACGCAGGCUGAGAAAUGGGUUUGCUCGUGGCGUGUCCCUGGGUCCAGCGAUGGGUCUCUGUUGGUUGUCAUUUUUAUUUAAAAUCCAAGGAUCUGGAGGGUUUCGUGCCUUGACAAAUAAACUCGUGGGUUGUUUUGGA